GGGAUUGUACCUGUGGGACUCCAGCUCCAGCAGGAGAGCAGGGCCGGGGCUGCACCUCGCUGCUCUCCCUGCUCCCUUCCAGCUUCCCGGUGCUCCGGCAGCAUGGGGACCAGGGGAUGGACGCUUCCAGCCUUCGUGGGAUGCUGCCUAUGGGUUCUGCAUGGGCUCGGGGCCGCCGUCGCCGUCCCGCUGAGCACGGAGGGGCCGCUUGGUGCCCACACGGCUUCUCCCACCGCGGCGCAGAGCGAGGCACGGGGCGCCCUGACGGCGGGCACCGCGGGGACGAGCAGCGCCGUGGCUGAUACUGAGACAACCCAGAGCAUCCUCGCGGGACGCCCGGCCAGCCCGACCUUCCCCUCCGGGGUUGAGGCAGAUUUGGUGACCGCGACCAGCGCUGCUCCGGCUGCGGGGAGCGAUGCUGAGGCUGAGCCGAGCCCUGGUGCAGCCACGCAGGCUCCCAGCGGAGAGCCCCAGGCGGUGACGGACGUGGCCACGGCCCUUAAUGCGUCCCAGGGAAACCAGACGGUUUCGGCUGCUGCCUUGGUUUUCACCCCCCAGCCUGCCUUCACCCCCAGCUCAGAGCUUGGUGUGACGGGGGCCGCUCCCGCUGCACCCCCCGGGGCCACCCCUCUGUUUGCAGACGUCCUCGCGUCGGUGACGAGGGAAGGAGCGGACUUGGAGCCCACAGAUAAUGCCACAUCCCUCCCCACCACCCUGCCACCAGCAGCUGCAGGGGCAGAGCCAACAACCGGCAGCCCCCCGGGUCCCCAUGUCACUGCGCUGCUGAGCCAAGGGCUGGCCACGGCCAUGGGAGCUGUGGAGGAAGGUGUCACCCUGCCUGGGGACAGCCACGGUGAAGGCAGUGCCCCCUCCUCCAUCCCCAGCCCUGAAGCCGAGGGGCUGCUCACAACGCAGUGGGACGAGGCGCUGAGUGGGACCGGGGGUGUCACCGCGGGGCCAGCAGCUCCGGGCUCUGGCGAUGCAGGAGAUGCAGAGGAUGGUGCUGUUGGCACAACUGAAUCAUCCCAUCUGGCUCCAGAGAGUGGGACAGUGUCGGGAGCAGCAGAAAACCCAGGGCAGGUCUCCCUCCUCGCUGGACAGGCAGGGCUGAGCCCGGCCACCUCUCCAGGUGGUGGGGACGGAGAUGUGCAGGGAGCCCCGGCGGUGUCACCGGCCAGCCCUGGCUCACCCGGGGAGCGAGGGGACACGGCCACCUCGCUGCUGGCCUCCAGGGCCCCCACGGAUGCGCAGAGUGACACGGAUGCCCCAGCCUCAUCCAUUGCCCUGCCCCUACCCACGGGGGCUGUGGGUCCGGCCGAGCCUUCCCUGCAGCCUGCCCCAUGGCAGAGCCCCACUGGAGAAGAGCAACCGCAGCACGACGCCGCUCUGCUGUCCCCCACGGACACCCCCAGUGCCCCCGGGGCCGCUUUCCCACCCCCAGGGGCUGCAACUGCUGAUGGGGCAGAGACAACAGCGAACCCCGACCUCGGUGCUGCCCCAGGAGUGCCCGUCUCGCCGUCCCUUGUGGGGUCACAGCCAUGGGAGACAGCAGCCGGUGCUCCCGAGGGAGCUGAUGGAGCUGGCACCGGCCUCAAUUCAGCUCUGGGUGCUGCCAGCCCGGCUUCUUCUGCACCCGAUGGCCUGGCAGGGACUGCUCAGGGGGACACGGUGGACACGGCACGGGCAGGGGACGCAGGGGAUGGCAGUCCUUACGCAGACACCCAGGGUGCCACCAGCUCUACGUCCAGCAGCACUCAGCAGGGCCCCGCUGACACCGCUGAGCUGCCGGCAGCCCCAGCAGGAGCCCUGCCCAGCACCGAGCUGUCCCCUGCUGCGGCGCCUGGGGACGGAGCAGGAGCAGCCCCGGCACCGGGAGAAGUGUCCCCACCUGGUGCCACGGCUCCUGGCUAUGGGGGGCUGGAGCCCAACCUCUUGGGGGAUAAAGGACAGGGACCAAGCCAAGCCCCUGGAGCUCCUGGUGCUGCUUUCCCACCUCCUGUUGCUGAAUCUGGAACCGUGUUUGGGACCAGUGAUGGGGCAGGGACAGCAGCAAACCCCGACCUCGGUGCUGCCCAGGGAGACCCCAUAUCCCCGUUCCUUGUGGGGUCGCAGCCGUGGGGGAUGGCAGCUGGUGCUCCCGCAGGAGCAGCUCUCCCUGGGGUUGAGGGACCAGGAUCUGGCUUCAGUUCAGCGCUGGAUGUCCCCAGCUCAGCAUCGUAUGGACCUGUGGGACCCCCAUCGCCCACCCUCGGGGUCCAGCCCGGCACAGCUCUGGGGGUGCCGGGAGCAGAGGGGCAGGCGCUGGGAGGCAGCGGGAUGGGGUCGGAGCCAUCCCUGAGCUCCUCUGCUGGUGCUGGGGUGGAAGCUGGGAUGGAUCUGGUGCCUGGUGCCAUGUCCCUACCCGGUCCUGCCUCUCCCGGUGGCACACUUCCAGCAUCUUCCACCUUGGAGAACGGGGGAGCAGCAGCCCCUGGCCCUGACCUCCUGUCCCAGGGCUCUCCGUACGGUGGAACUGGCUCAGAGCUCGCCACGGCGCAGGGAACUGAGAGCGCAGGGGACACGGCAGAGGCAGCAAACCCAGAGGGCACAAAUCCCUACACGGACACCAGCUCUACGUCCAGCAGUGCUCAGCAGAGCCCUGCUGACACCGCCGAGCUGCCGGCAGCCCCAGCAGGAGCCCUGCCCAGCACCGAGCUGUCCCCUGCUGCGGCGCCUGGGGACGGAGCAGGAGCAGCCCCGGCACCGGGAGAAGUGUCCCCACCUGGUGCCACGGCUCCUGGCUAUGGGGGGCUGGAGCCCAACCUCUUGGGGGAUAAAGGACAGGGACCAAGCCAAGCCCCUGGAGCUCCUGGUGCUGCUUUCCCACCUCCUGUUGCUGAAUCUGGAGCCGUGUUUGGGACCAGCGAUGGGGCAGAGACGGCAGCAAACCCCGACCUCGGUGCUGCCCAGGGAGCCCCCAUAUCCCCGUUCCUUGUGGGGUCACAGCCGUGGGGGAUGGCAGCUGGUGCUCCUGCAGGAGCAGCUCUCCCUGGGGUUGAAGGACCAGGAUCUGGCUUCAGUUCAGCACUGGAUGUCCCCGGCUCAGCAUCGUAUGGACAUGUGGGACCCCCAUCGCCCACCCUCGGGGUCCAGCCUGGCGCAGCCCUGGGGGUGCCGGGAGCAGAGGGGCAGGCGCUGGGAGGCAGCGGGAUGGGGUCGGAGCCAUCCCUGAGCUCCUCUGCUGGUGCUGGGGUGGAGGCUGGGACAGAUCUGGUGCCUGGUGCCGUGUCCCUGCCCGGUCCUGCCUCUCCUGGUGACACGCUCACAGCUCCAUCAGUUUCGGAUACACCCAGCCCAGGUGCCCUGGGAGGAGCAGGAGCUGCCCCUGGUGCUGUGCAGCCUGCCCUGGGUGCUGGACCCGGCCCCCAACCUGCUGCAGGAGGAGGUGGGGGCGAAGGGGCUGGGGCUGGGGCUGGGGAGUCCCUGGGGGUGUCCCAGGACCUGGAUGGAGCAGCUGGAGCCUCUGGUGGAGGAACGGGAGCUGUGCUGCACUCUGCAUCUCCCUCCUCAUCUCCUGAGGGAUCUUCUUCAGCCGGGACGAGCGGUGGAGCUGCCGAGGGAGCAGGAGGUCCUGGAGCUGCUGUAGGACCGAGCCCAGGCUUGGAGGCUGCUGGCCCCCAAGGCAACGAGGAGACCCCCGUGCCUGCCCCCGGCACCCAGAGCGGUGCCGACUUUGGGCUCUCGGAUGCCAACCUGAGCCAAACCAACGUGGUGCAGCUGGCUGGAGGAGAAACGGGAGCCUCGGCCCCCGGGGCACCUUCCCCCGGUGCCAGCGGGGCAGAUGGGGCAGGGGCCAUCAUCCAGAUCACAUCGGGGGUGCUGGCCCCCUCCGUCCUGUCCUCUCCCCUGGUCCCGGUGGCCCCGGAUGCCUCCAGCCUUUUGCCAGCUGCCUCUGCUGGGGGUACUGGGGGGAGCUCAGCACCAGCACCCAACGGGGGCCCCCCCUCUGCCUCCGGCACCCCAAGUGGGAGCAGCCCCUCGGCACCAGGCUCCCCACUGCCUGUGGCGGGUGCUGGGAGCGCUCUGCCAGGAUCCCCCAAAUACGAAAUGGCCUCAGGGAUGCCGGCACCUUUGGGAGAAGAGUCCCCACGUGCCCCCGUGCCCCCCAACGCUGUCCCCUUCCUGCCUCCUCUCCAGCCUGGGGGUCCUGGGGUCCCUCCAAACCCCGUGGUGGCUGAAGGCAGAGGGGACACCGAUGGCCCCGUACUGGGGGAACCACGUCCUGGUGUGGCUGUAGGAUCAGGGGGAGCUGUGGGGUCUCUCUCUGUCCUUCCUCCUGCUGGCCCUGCUGCUGGCAGCCCCUUGCCCAACAUUUUGGGGUCGGGACCUGCCGGGGGCUCAUCGCCCCCAGCCCUGCGCCCCUCCUUGGGCAGCGCCACCCCUGCAAACAGGGUCCCUGCUGCUGGAGGGGCGAGCAUCUCCGCACCCAACCCAGGCCAGGGGGGAGCCCAAAGGGGGUCUGCCCCCACCACCAUGCGUCCAACCGUGUCCUGCAGCCCAUCCCCAGCAGCUCCCAGCCCUGGGGGCAAGAAGGGGCUGCCAGGGCCGGGGACAAACACAACGGCCGCUCUCGCUGCCCGCGCAUCAUCCUCCAAGCUUCCAGCUCCUCCACGAUCAGCAGCGGCUGCCCCGGUGCCUCCACCCGGCCCCACAGUCCCAGCCGUGUCCCUCUAUGGCUACGGACCAAGGGAAAACGACCGCGAGUAUGUGGAGAGGAGGGUGGACUUCAACUCUCCCCUUUUCAAGCCCGAGACUGGGUUCCCGUUUGGGAAAACCCUCCGGGACUCUCUCUACUUCACAGACAACGGGCAGAUCAUCUUCCCCCCCUCCGACAGCAGCACCCCCACGUACCCCAACCCCCCUCCCCGGGGGUUCAAUGGCCACGAGGAGGUGCCCAUGAUCGCCGUCUUCUGGGACAACGCCGACUUCUCCAGGGGCACCGGCACCACCUUUUACCAGGAGUUCCUCACCCUGAAUUCGGAGAAGCCGCCCUUCAUCCGCGACGUGGAGGCAAAGGUCCGGCGGUACCUGAGGUCCUCCUACUCUGCAGCCUGGACCCUGAAAAUCACCUGGGACAGGGCGCCCGCCUACGGCACACGGGGUGACAGCCGGAGGACGAACACGUUCCAGGCCGUCCUCACCACCGACGGCUUCAGGUCCUACGUGCUGCUCCUGUACCAGGACGGGGGCAUGCGGUGGGAUUACCGCCAGCUGCCGGCUGCCAACGUGCUCAUCGGGUACACCAGCGGGGAUGGCUCUUACCACAACGAUGACCUGACUCAGGGACCCCCGGCUGCCAAAUAUCGCCCUGACCAGUUCAGGGGAUACAACACAGAUCUCCGCGGGCUGUGGCUGUACAGGCUGGAGAGCCGCGUGGGUCUCAACUACCGCCUGAAGUGCCUGGCGUGGACGGGGAGGCAGCAGGAGCCGCGGAUGUGGAGCCAGGACCUGCCCUCCUGCCCCUGCUCCCUGCAGCAAGGGCAGCAGGACCCGCGCUUCAAGAGCAGCCGGGGAGGCUGGUCGUCUGCCCGCGUGUCCAUGCUGCACUCCGCCUCUCCCAACCGCUACGGUGCCGGCGUGCGCUGCCUGUACGACAGCCGGGGGCAGCUCGUGGAGGGGCGGCAGGAGAGGUACUGGAGGUCCUCCAGACAGGUGUCCCCAUUCCGUGACCAGGAGCUGAAGCUGUACGACUGGUGCUGCAACCAGGCGGCAAGCGCCCGCCUCUGCGCCCGCUACGGCGAGAAGAGGCCGAGGAUCGGCUGUGACGGGUACCAGCCACUUGGCACAGCAGAUUCCUCUGAAGACAUCGACUCAGAUGAACAGACAGAUGAGGAGGACGAGUAACUAAAGGGAUGCACAUCCACAACGCGCUCCGGACCACAGCUGAUCCCCCGAGUCCUUCGCUCCUGAUCAUACCCAGCAAACCCGUGUGUCCCCCUGCGUGUCCCCGCUCCCCCCGGUGAUGAUCACCCCGUUCCAGCGGUUCCCUUCACCGUAGAAGUUCCCCUUUUCCCCCCCAGUCUGCCACCUCCUCGCCAGUGGCAGGGGGACAGGCAGUGCCACCGUGUCCCUUGUCCCUGCUCCCCAGCCUGGGGCUGGCAGGGCGAGAGUUGCUGGUGGAGGGGUUCGGGUUGCCUUGCUUGGGGCCACCCCCACGGUCAGAAAAGCUGGGAGAAAAAUAAUAAUUUGCGAGUGUGAGAGA